UAAUGACCCUGCCGAGUUAGAUGACCAGAAACUAAAAAAGAGCAAAGUAGAAAUGUUUGGUUCUGAAUUUUAUCCACGAGCUCCACUUCUUACAAUAGCAGAUGACUUGCUUUUGGCUUUAAAGGAAGGUUUAAUUAGUCAGCUAAAUUUAAUUUCUUCUUAUAAAAGAGGUGGCACUGGUGUUGACAAUAAUCCAGGAAAAGAAAAAAAGUUUGCUAAUAGUUUUGAAAGCAACAAGUUUUUUAAUGAUCAAAGCAAAAUACUAGUUGUUCCUGAUUAUAAAAGCACUGAAUAUCUCCAAGCUCCUAAUAUUUAUCAUGUCAAGCAAGAAGUAAGUGAUUUAAAAGAUGAAGACUUCACAAAAGCAGCUGAGGAAUACAAAGAAAAGACUAAGACAAGCAACAAUAAAUGA